GUGCUGCGGAUUUUCGACGUUUGUUAAAAAAUGCCUCCGAAAGUAUGGCAACCCUACGGCGGCUUCCCCGUUAAACAGCGACAUCUUCUAUAGCCUCUAUUCGAAAAGAUCUCCCCUCUGCACACUUUCUCAUUUUCGCAAUAUGACAAGAUAAAUGAAAAAGAGUCUUCAAAAAUCCAAGAAGAAGAGGAAGCAUUUCGUCCAACAAAAGAAGCAAUCGUUCCGGCUUUAAAGUCGGUUUUUCAGCCUCCCGUCUCUCGGGUCGGCAUGGAAACCGAUUCUUCGACUUAUUGUGAUAGUUGGACACAAACUGAGUGGACAGGAGGUUGGGAAUCACCACCUAUAGGAUUAUUUCCAUUCAGUCAAAAUAACUUAAUGCAAUCAUCUGCAAUUUUAUUUGAUGAUCAUGUUGAACAUCAUUAUGAGACAUUAGAAGAAGCAUUCGCUGCCCAUGAUGAAGAAAUUGUACAAUUGGAAUAUGAAGAAGUAACACUCUACAAAAGCCACUGUGAAGAGAAGCUUGGUCUCACACUUUGUUAUGCUAAUCCUGAUGAACCAGAAACCAAUAUCUUUGUCAGUGAGAUUGAACCUGAUAGUUUGGCAGCUAAAGAUGGAAGAAUUAUGGAAGGAGAUCAGUUACUUCAGGUAAACGGAGUGGAUGUUCGUAAUCGAGAACAAGCAGUCUCUCUUUUUUCUAGUAAAGAACCUGAAGUUACCCUUCUUCUUUCCAGACCACGUUUACAGGGAGAUGAUGAAGAUGACGAAGAAGAACGACUUGAAGAUUUUCCUAAGGAAUUUUAUAUGUUACAGCAACGACAAAGUACACAAGAUUCAAAGAAUGACGUUGAUAAAGUGAAAAAUACCAACAAUGAGGCAGAUUGGAGUUUCAUUAGUAGUCGCUUACUUCUUCCACAUGGUACAGUUCCUAACCAAGACAUAAAUCCUUCCUCUAGCAAUCAAACAGAUGAAAAGUGUGCGAGCACUACGGCAUUGUACGAUGUUAGCCCAGAAAAUAAUUCGAAAAAAGAUCCCUACACUGCUGGACAACCAUCUGAUGAUUCAAAGACUAUUUCUCGAGUUCAGUCAGACACAAGUUUGGACAAAGAAAUGGCCGCUCUCAAUAAAGAAAUGCAAAGUAUUCAAAUUGAAUGUGAAUCUUUGGUUAGCAGACAUAUACGUGAGCAGUGGUUCAGGUGUCGUGCCGGUCAUCAAUAUGUUGCAACUACAAUGGAACCUGUUUCUAGUAUACCUCCCCUUGAACCCUCCUUACCCACUCUUCCUAAUGAAAAGAAAAAAGAAAGUGUUGCCCAGUGGGUUAAAAAUGUUACCUUUGAAAAUCGAAAACAUAAUAAACCCAAUUCUUCUUUCACGGAAGCAAUGGCUGCUCGUGGAGUGCCAUUAACUCUUGAACUUGCUCCAAUACCAGACUGUACUAAUGGUAAGUUUCCUGAAUAUGACGAGCCUUCAAAACUAUUUCCAAGUUCUCCUAAGCUUGUGGACAAAAGUACGCAACUUUGCGAAAGUGACGUUGCUAGCAUUGUUAGUUGUGAUACCUGCCGUUAUUGCCAAGUGCUCGUUCAUCAAAAACGAACUGCAGAACAAAAUGAUCGAGGUGUUCCAAGCUUUGAAUACAGCCAACCUCAACAACAAUUUCAAUGGUAUGGUGCCCAGAGAGGGAUGAGUAGAACAACUAGUAGUGAUCCAUUUGUUACUGAACCUAGUAAAUUACCAGCAAAACCUGCUAGUGUAGCGGGUAGGGAUUUUAUUGAUAGACAAGUAGAACGAAAUAAAAAUUACGUUACUUUCUAUCCUUGUGCUACCAUGUACACUAAUCAAGAAAAUUUGCAGCACACUAUAUGGUUACAACAACAGCUGUUUCGCCAAGCUUUAGCUCACAAACAUUAUAAAAAAGCUAGUACUAUACCUACUUGUACACAACCUGUUGGUAAGCAAUGGAAUCAAAAAUAUCCCUCCUCUUCUUUCGAUAGUUUGCCUCCAACAAGAAAUCUACCUUAUUUACGAACUAAUCAACCACCUUCUACAUCAAAAAGUCCUGUUAUAACACCAACCGAAGAGCCUAGUGAGGAAACUAAAAUGGAGUGGAAAGUAAAACGUAGACCUGAUGGUACACGCUAUAUCACUCGAAGACCUGUGAGAAAUAAAAUACUAAAAGAACGCGCUUUGCAAAUCAUGGAAGAACGUUGUGGUUUGACGACAGAUGAUGAUGCUCUUAGUGAGUUAAAAACUGGAAAAUAUUGGACUCGAGAAGAGAGAAAAAGACAUUUAGAGAAAGCACGAGAUAGGAAACAGAGAAAAGAGAUAUUGAUGAAAUCUAUUAAACUCUCGGAAGAUAAGAAUGAAGAAGAUGAUGAUUCUAGUCAAGGAAAAAAAGAUGGACUAUCAAAGAAAAAAAUCUAUUAUAGUAGUGGGAGAAGAAAAUUAAGAUUCCCGUCUACACCAUCGUCUACUGUUUUAGAUGAUUGCCCAUCUGCUUGUCAUGGCACUUUUGGAAUACUUUCUGUGACUACUGUUUAGUCAUUUUAGUCAACAUUCAUAGUGCUAGAAUUGUUUGGUUGUACUUAUUUUUCUAAAACAACAACGAGUUCUUUUCUGGGUAUGCUUCACUUAGCAAUUUGCCACAUUAUAUGAGAAUAGUGAAAAUAAUUUCGUUAGCUUUUUAAUUUUUCCUUCCAUUGAAAAUAUCAACUCUUCUUAAUGAAAUUAAUUUUAGGUUGGAAACAAAUCGCAAUCAAUAUGGAGGGUUAUCCGAGCCAGGGGAGGAUUAAAACCUAAAAAUACGAAACAAAGUGUUCCGUACCUCUCUUAAUAUGCAUGUUUAGAAUCAUUGUGAAAUAUCAAAGCAAAAAACUUCUACCAUAGUCUAUUAUUUUAGAUAAUCUCCUAUCGGCAUGCCCUGACACUUUCUGAAUACUUUCUCUGACAUAUACUUUCAUACUUUUUUUAAUAUUCCAUACUUUUUAAUAUAUUUUUCUAUACUUUUCCUUGUCACUUUCGAUACUUACUCUCUCUUAUUUUAGUUAACAAUCUUUGUGCUAAAAAUUUUCGGUUGCACUUGUAUAAAACAUUUUUUCCCAGAUUUGCUUCACUUGGCAAUCUGCCAAGAGAUGCGAGAAUUAAAAUAAAAAAAAAUUUUUCAAUAAUUGCUGCAGGAUAUUGCAAUUAAUUUUGAAAAACGCAAAUGCGAACUUUUAAAUAUUUCUUUUUCUUAUGCUUCCUCCGUCGUUGUAAAUACUAGUACCUAGUUCAAACUUCAGGUCUUCAUGACAAGUGGUAUUUUUUGCAACUUUUUAAUAGUCGGACUUUAACCCUUUGUUGCAAACGGCCUCCAAUUUAUUUAUUUUUCUGACUCUCUACUAACUUGAAAAAAUUCAGUUUGGUAUUUUUUAAUUAUAAAAAAACAGUCUAAAAGUUAUUAAAAAAAUCUAUUAGAUCAUCGGAAUGAUAUUAGUACUAAAAUUCCAUACUAAGUAGUUUGAAAAAUUUCAUUCGCAUUCAAAAAUUUAUAAAUCUGUAAAUUAAAGAAAUUUCAAUGAUAAAAAACUGUUUCUCUCUGAUUUAAAUAACGGCUAAUUUGAAAAAUUAUUGUUUGGAAAUGAGUCAUGUUUGGAGGAUUUUACCAUUAACGCUGAAAAAAACACAGGUGCUUCAUGCUAUAUUUCAUAACCAUAAAUUAUUAAAAUGCUUAAUAUAAUAUAUUUUAACCUACACUACAAAAUAAUGAUAAAAAUAUGUUUAAUAAAGUUUGUGCGCCAGAGAGUACCCUGUAUAUCAAUUUAUAUCAAAUAUAAAAAAGAAUUAAUAUUUUAGCCUAAUAAAAGAAACUCAAUCCAAUCUCUCUAGAAUCAUUAUAUAAAAACAUAUAUUAACACGUUGAGCGCUGCGUCAGCCACCGGUGGCUGACACUGAAAUUACAUUUAGAGUGCGUCUGCCACCGCUUGCUGACAC